AUGCAAUGUGUUAGACAAGUCACCAUUGGGGACUACAAUGGACAUGUCGGUCUGGGUGUGAAGUGCUCAAAGGAAGUAGCCACUGCCAUCCGUGGAGCCAUCAUCCUGGCCGAGCUCUCUAUUGUGCCUGUGCGGCGAGGCUACUGGGGAAACAAGAUCGGCAAGCCCCACACCGUACCUUGCAAGGUGACUGGCCGCUGUGGCUCUGUACUGGUGCGCCUCAUCCCUGCCCCCAGGGGUACGGGCAUUGUCUCGGCCCCUGUGCCCAAGAAGUUGCUGAUGAUGGCUGGUAUUGACGACUGCUACACUUCGGCCAGGGGCUGCACUGCCACCCUGGGCAACUUCGCCAAGGCCACCUUUGAUGCCAUCUCUAAGACCUACAGCUAUCUCACCCCAGAUCUCUGGAAAGAGACCGUGUUCACCAAGUCUCCCUACCAGGAAUUCACUGACCAUCUUGUCAAGACCCACACCAGAGUUUCUGUGCAGAGGACCCAGGCUCCAGCUGUGGCCACCACAUAAUUAUAUACAAGAAAAAUAAAGUGAAUUAAGCCUGCUAAAAAAAAAAUAA